CUUGCCAUAAAUUAUCAAAUAUUACGAUACCAAUUCUUGAUUUGAUUGCUUUGCAUUGUUGACAAAAAAAAAAAAAAAAAAAAAAAACAACACGAAAAAACAGGAGCAGCAUUUCAAGUUUAAUCGCCACGUCGAAUGCUCUUAUCAUUAUUGCUAUGCACACUAUUUGCUCAGGUUUGUUUUCUUUACCUUGCUCUUAGUUGUUGCUUUCUGUUCACCCGCUUUGCGCAUUACUUCAAAUGUCUUGAAGACGACGCUUUAGAUAAUAAAUCAUAUGCAGUUUACUCGCUUGCAAAACAAAUAAAAAUACUAUAAAAUAACAAAAUCAAAGGAAAUUUGAGCAAUCGUUAGCGCAAUUGACGCUCUUCCGUUCACCAAAUAACUACUUCAUACUCUUUUAGUUUCUGAAUGUGUUGAUUUGUUAUUGUCAACCGCGCUGGCGGCCGAAGUAUGCACGAAUUGCACACCAGCCCUUCUCGGCAGCCAAUCAAACGCCAGCAAUCGUUCGUUAGAAAUACACGAACGACUAUUUUGUUGGCAAAUAAACACUUGAACGCCUUAAGUGGCGAAGGUAAAUAACAUCGUUGUCGUCAUCGUGCCGCCGCACGAGACUUUUGUUGCUGAUGAUACCAACUCACUGGCGCUUACGUGCACGUACUCGCGCACUCAGAGCCUAUUUCAUUUGCUUUUGUUCGUGUGCUCAAAUUUUAUGUCUCUCACUCACAUAUUUUUAAUUUACGUUACUCAGCAGUUGGCUGGCUGUUCCACAAACUUUUUCUCAGCCACUAGGCUUUAUAUUUUCAUGCUCUCUCUCUCUCUCUAUCUCUCUUGUGGAUCCUGUUUGACUUUUUUAUCACCAAACUAUUGGCUUUAGUGUUACCAUCGCUUACAUAUUUUCGCAGUUUGCAAACUUAUUUUACUUAUUUUAAUUUUAAUUUUGCAAAGUUCGUCUAUCCGCCUCAUACAACCGACUGCACGACCGACAGUCUGACAGACCACGCGAUGUCGGUUCGCAGCACAUGUCUCACAGUUGGUCAGUUGUUUUUGUUAGUUUGGUGUGGACUUUGACUCUAUCAUAGAGUGAGUUGCGAAAGAAAAACAAAAUGCGACAACAACAAACGCGAUUUGGAAGUAUAUCACCGCCACAUUAGUUGUGUUUAGUUGUUGCCAUUUGACUGUUUAUUGUUUUUAUUUGUGCGUUAUUUAUUUUCGCUCGGUUCUAUUGCCGUUAUAGUUGCUGCUGCCGCUUUGCACUCGUCAUAUUGACUCGCUGCCUCUGUGCGGUACAUUCCUACUUGGGUAUUUGUAUAUUUUUUCUAGCUCAUAUUUGAAUUCUUUUUUUCUAAACAAGUUCGAGCGUCCAAGAUAAUAUUUUUAUGCCAAAACAUAUGGCAUUUAUUGAUUGGGUUAUUGUAUAUACCUAUGUACAGUGGCUCAAUAAAGAACUCGGACAAACCUUAGUUAAAACUUUGUAUAAAAAAACACUGCUAAAAUAAAGGCAAUUUGAAACAACAUUUUUCGAUUUCAAAAUGCUUUAUUUAUAUAAUUUAAGAAAUAACAAAAACAUAAGAUAAGUCGUGUGCACUUCUUUUACAAUAACAAAAAAAUUCAAAAUGAGAAGAAUUCACGCCAAAAAAGAACUCGGACAUCUGGCAUCACUUCGUAAUUUCUGACAGUUUAAAUGGGGUGAAUCCCAUUUUUUUAAUUAUAUAUAGUUAAUUGAGGAACGAUCGACAGUUUUGGAAGUAAAUUGUGUCAAGAAAAUUGUGCCAAGUACGCAUUUUCUUUUUUCUUUUUUGUAAAACGAGUCCACAACUUGGCCAAACUUCGGUGGAAGUGCGAAAAAUAAUUAUUGAGCAACAUAAAGAUGGAAAAACCAUGCGUGAAAUCGGCAAACUUGUAAAUCGACCGCGAUCAACUGUAUGUGACACCAUAAAACGCUUUAAAGAAUCAAAAUCUGUAGAUAACAAAGUGAAAACAGGACGGCCAAAGCUUUUUACGGACGCUAACGAGCGGUGGAUCGUAAACCAAGUCAGAGAAAAUCCUCAUUUAAGUGCUCCAAAACUUACAACACAAGUUAAAGAACAUCUUGAAAUUGACUGCAAUCCAGAAACUUUGCGAUUAGUUCUAAGAAAAAACAACCUCAAUGGCAGAGUCGGAAGAAAAAAACCCUACAUUAAUAAGGAAAAUAAAAACAAACGAAUUAGUUUUACAAAAACCUAUAAAAAUAAGGACAUUGAAUUCUGGAAAGAUGUGAUAUUUUGCGACGAAAGCAAAUACAACAUAUUCAGAUCAGAUGGGCAGUCGUACGUAUGGAGGAAGCCAAAUGAGGAGCUGAAAGAGAAAAACCUGCGUGCGUGCCACUGUUAAACGCGGUGGCGGUUCAGUGAUGGUUUGGGGAUGUAUGUCCACCUCCAGACCCGGAAAUCUUUGUUUUGUUGAUGGCAUAAUGGAUCACAAGCAAUAUCUUUCAAUUUUAAAAAGAAAUUUAAUUCAAAGUGCUGAAAAAUUGGGUAUAAAGGAACAAUUUUAUUUUUACCAAGACAAUGACCCCAAGCAUAAGGCGCUUGAUGUUCGCUUGUGGUUGAUGUAUAACUGCCCGAAAGUGCUCAAAACUCCACAACAGUCCCCUGAUAUAAACGUCAUUGAGCAUUUAUGGGCGCAUUUGGAGAAUAAACUUAAAAAUCACAAAAUUUCAAACAAAAAGGACCUCGAAGCUUCUCUUAAGGACGAAUGGGCUAAAAUUGAUCCUUCCGUUUGCAGAAAUUUGGUGGAGUCAAUGCCGAGACGACUAAAUGCUGUUUUUAAAUCCAAAGGGUUUCCCGCAAAAUAUUAAUUUUUAUUUUUAUUGGCUUUUAAAGUAAAAUUAAUUUCCAUGUCCGAGUUCUUUUUUGGCGUGAAUUCUGGUCAUUUUGAAAGUUGUUUGUUAUUGUAAAAGAAGUGCACACGACUUAUCUUAUGUUUUUGUUAUUUCUUAAAUUAUAUAAAUAAAGCAUUUAGAAAUCGAAAAAUAUUGUUUCAAAUUGCCUUUAUUUUAGCAGUGUUUUUUAUACAAAGUUUUAACUAAGGUUUGUCCGAGUUCUUUAUUGAGCCACUGUAUGUAGUAUACGAAUGAAUUUUCCAUAGAAGAUAUAAAAGUUAAUGCCAGAUUCCAAUUUGUAUUGGUGUAAUGUAAGGUAAAGGUUUCAGGACUUUCAAAUAAUAAUAUUCAAAUAUAAUAUUAAAGAGAAAGAAGCAAUUCCUCUAUACAAUUCUAGAAGCUCCAAAAAUAAAUCAGUAAGAAAAGGACCCGUGCUCAAAUUGGUGAAGUCAUAAUUCACAUCAAAGUCACCAUUAGCAGAACUGGAAGGAGAGUUAAUUUGAGAGUAAAAUAGGUGGGUACGUCGAGUUCACAAAAAUUGUCUCGUCUGUCCUGGGCUGCUAGCUGGGUGAUAGAAAACAUUUCUGGGUAAAUUAGUAUUGACAAAGUAGAAUUAACCAAAAAUUUAAUGAUUCAAUUUUUUAACUGUUCCUAGAGCACAAUUAGAUCUGUAAAUAGCAGCCUAUCGUCAUGAGAGCGGGAGAAAGCUUGCAUAGUGGGUUGACUGACUAUUUACUAAACUAACAAUUUUCUGAACAACACUUCUAUGAAAUAUGUAUGUAUAUGCAAAGGGUGAUUCAAAAUUUUCUACAUUUUUGGCAAACUUAACCAUGGAGCGAUACUCAGUUGAAUAACGUGUAAAAGUGAUGCAAAUACGAAGUGUACUGAAGCGUGCGCUUCACACAGCAGUGUGGGUUUCAUAGUAAAAUAAUUUAUUAUACUUUCUAACUUCCAGCUGGCUAAGAUUCGUUAGAUAUUAAGUUUUCUUACUGCUAUUCGACUUUUUGUGUCAACUUUUAGCGCAUUGUUGGAUUCAUCGACCUUCAAAAAAUAGUGAUUUGCCGCUAAGUUGAAUCAUUUCGAGUUUAAAAGGGCAUUAGGAUGUCUCCAACUAGUAGGUUUUUGUGGGUGAGACUCAUUUACGGAGCUCACAUUUCGACGUCAGAGUCAGUUUUGUCACUAAUUAAGCUAUAGGAUCUCCUGGCAUGCUCCAGAGUCCCAGUUUCGUCUUUAUAUUAAAAUAUUAUUACUUAAUGUUGAUUUUUGGCCAAGGUAGACAUGGCACCGGACUUAAUGAGAAUUGCAUGAGAUAAUGAGAUCGCAUCCACCUUGCCCCUUUUACCAUUUCCAAUUUACUUUUAUCAUAAACCUUUGGAAAAUCAAGAAAAUUCGGAUCUCCCCACCAAUCAUCUGAAAAAACACCCUUUAUCAUUUUUCUGUUGGUUAAACUUUUUUUUAUUCUAUUUGCUGCUUUUGUUUAACUUUUGCAUUUGUAUUUAUAUUUGCAUUUAGUCAGUUUGCGUUUGGUUUUGUGCGAAAGUCGUUAGUUUACUCCUUUUUUUGUAAGAGCGGCUGUGUAUAAAUAGUUAUUUUUUCGGUUUUUCUUUCUUUGUUAAACAAAAUUUUUAUGCAAAUAACUUCAUUGCGAAGUUUGUACAGCAGUUGAAGCGAUUGCCGGUUGUUAGAUGACAAUUGCAAAAUGAGUUGGCCAAUUUCCUUUGCGUAUGAAGUUUUGGUGCUCGAUCAAAAUUAGAGCUGCUACUCGUACAAGCACCGGUAAAGCAAAAUGUUUGUUGUAAACAGAUUUAGGCAGUUUUAUAAACUUCGGAUGCUGCACAGAAUUCACUAAACUAAACAACCGUUAGCCUUCAAAUCAAGUUCAACGAAUUCAGAAAUAUUUUAGAUUAAAAAAAUAAAGCUAACCUUCUACAUUCGCACAUCACAUGCGUGCAUGCAUACAAACGUAUGUGCGCCUACGCGCGUAACUAUGCCAUAAAGUGUAGACAAACAUUAAAAUUUGUUAUUAUUGCUAAUCUAUAUUUUUUUAUACACUUUGUUACUUUGAAAAAUAAACAAAACAUGCGAAAUAGUAAGGAAAAAAUUGUUUCAGCGAAAAACACUCGAUUUUUGAAGGUCUAUCUCCCCCUCCCUCACUUGAUAAUAUGUACUUGCUUUGUUUCUAUUUCGAAUUCAGUUUUCGGCCUUCACACCAGUCAAAGAAGGAAGUUAGUCGCCGCACACAUACACACACCCAUGCAAACAUAGUUUUCGUUAUCACUCACUCGCAUUGGCACUCGUUCGCCAGAUACACUGGUGGCAAGUCACAUGAACUCACCUGCUUUUCUUACGAAAAUUGUAUUUCAUUUCCUGUUAAGGAAUAUGCAGUUUGGGCAAAAUUAAUGUAUGUAUGUAUAAUUGGCGUGUACACCCUGUUUGGGUGUUUGGCCGAGCUUCUCCUCCUAUUUGUGGUGUGCGUCUUGAUGUUGUAACACAAACAGAGGGACCUACAGUUUUAAGCCGACUCCGAACGGCAAAUAGUUUUUUUUAUAAGGAGCUUUUUCAUGGCAGAAAUACACUCGGAGGUUUGCCAUUGCCUGCCGAGGGGCGACCGCUAUUAGAAAAUACUUUUUCUUCAUUUUGGUGUUUCACCGAGACUCAAACCUUCGUUCUCUCUGAGCUCCGAAUGGUAGUCACGCACCAACCCAUACGGCUACGGCGGCCGCCAAAAUUAAUGGUGCUAAAAAAAAAUAGGAAGAAACGACUGGCAUACUUCGAUGAACUCAGCCAAGAUCGUUUAGGCGGUUGUUUCACGAUAAAAGAAAAAAGGAAUAAAUAAUAACCUUUAUAUAAACAAUAAAAAUAUUAUUGUAAAAUGUUGAUUUUUCGUAAAACGGCAGCAGUUUUAAAAAAGAAACGAAAAUUGUAUGAAAGAAAAACGAUUUAAAUUUUUUUCUAAAUGCCUUAAUAAUCGCCUAUAACACCGGUUUAGAAAAUAUGGUUUCGAGUAAAAAGCGUUUGAUUUUAGUUUGGGGAAAAAGAAAUACAUUAAUUUCUCGGUAGAUGGCUGUAGUGAUAGACAUCUCGUAAAGUAUCGAUCAAAAAAUUUAAAAUUGAUAUUCGUUGUCAAGCUGACAUUUCACACUAAAAAAAUCGUUAACAAUGGAAAUCAACAAAAAGAAAAUUCGGUACAUUGUACAGUUUUUCUUUCACAAAGUGGAAUUCAUGCCGCUGAAAUUGUGAAUGGUGUUUAUGGUGCUGAUACUGUAACAGCUAAUUACUUGUAAUUUUGGUUUCGUCGAUUCCGAUCAGACAUUUAUGAAUAAAGAAAAGUUUUAAACCACUUGCGCCAAAAUUUUACGCAAAAAUAGUGGAUUUCUUUUCCCCCCAAGUUAUAUAUUAUUUAAAAAAAUAAAGAAAACGGAUUUUCUAAUAGCGGUCGUCCUUUGGUAGGCAAUGGCAAACCUCCGAGUGUAUUUCUGUCAUGAAAAAGUUUCUCAUAAUUUCCCGUUCGGAGUCGGCUUGAAACUGUAGAUCCUCCAUUUGUGGAACAACAUCACGACGCCCACCACAAAUAAGAGGAGGCGCCCGGCCAAACACCCAAAAGGGGUGUACGCACCAAUUAUCUAUAUAUAUUGUAAAACCCUUAAGGUCGCCUAUUGAUGGAAUGUAUGUUAAUGUAAGUGUAGGCAUAGUAUAAGAUACACCCAAUAAUGUAAACGUAGAGUAAUGCUAAGAAGAGAUGUAGUAUUAAGUAAAAUAAGGCAACCCUAAAUGACAAAUGGAAGAAAGAAUAAAAUGGAAGUCACUUCCGCUUGGAUCGUAAAAAUAGCCAGUCGUUUUAUUUCUAUCAGAAUUUAAUCGUGAGCCAUCCGGCUUUAAAAUAUCUGGAAGUACCCUCUAUUUACAACUCAGGUGUGGGGUUGUGCAAACGCAACCCAAUAAACUACACAUUUUAAAGAUAACUUUAAUAUUUUGCGAGAUAAUGGCAAAUAUUCGCCAAGAACUAACUAACGUGCUGACUGAGGCUGGUGUGGAAUUUCCAACUACAGCAACGACAACCCAAUUGCGCCGAUUGCUGCGGGAUGUGGUAGGAGCCACUCGGAGCACGGAAAUUUCAAGAAAUGACGAUAAUUUAAAUUCUGCCGCUACUGCUGGUACUGCCGCUGUUGAUGCCACUGCUACUGCCGACGUUUUCACCUCUGCUGACGACACUGCCGGUACUGACACUAAUGCUGCUAUUAGUGCUACUGCCGCUAUUGAUACUACUGCCGCUAUUGAUAUUAUUGCCGCUUCUGAUGUUUUUGACUCUGCCGCUACUGAUGUACGUGCCGCUGCUGACGUACGUGCCGCUGCUGACGCUACCAAUAUUAGAAACUGUGGACGGACUAGUAUGUUUAUUGGUCUAGAUGAAGAGAUCGCAGCUUUGCAAAGGCGGGUAGAAAUUCUCAAGCUGGCCAAACAAAUCGAAGAACUCGAAGGCCGUCCGAAAAAUCAGAGUAUACGGCGUCUGGAAUUUGGGGACCUUGAACAUGCCAUCCCCAAAUUCAGUGGAGAUGAUGUCACUUUAACGGUGAACCAAUUCCUAAAAGAUUUUGAGGAUCUAAUGGAAUCGACUGGAGCUGACGACCGAUUUAAACUGCUUGCACUUCGUCGUUCGCUGACGGGCACGGCGAAAGUUUUCCUGACGACAACAGUAGCGUUGAACUAUGAUGCGCUAAGGAAAGCGCUAAAAGACGAAUUCGACAUAUCCGUCACACGGCAUGAGAUAUAUAAGAUGUUGGCACAACGUCGCUGGAAGCGGAAAGAUGAGUCGCUGCACUGUUAUGUGCUGACAAUGCAAGCCUUAGGAAAGCGAGCCAAUGUCAGCGAUCUUGAGGUUAUUGAUUUUAUUAUUGAUGGAAUCGGGAAUGUCCCAAACUCGCAUAUCCUUAUGACGGCCCGAACCUUAGACGAAUUCAAGACGCUGGUGAUCCGUUUCCAAAACAAAUAUUUUGCAGUUGGCACGGCACAGACAGCAGCUCCCAAAACAACAAAACCAGCAGCCGAACAAAAAAUAAAGUGCUACAAUUGUUCGAAGGAUGGCCACAUCAAACCCAACUGCCCUUACCCUAUGCGACCAAAUGACGCCUGUUUCCGAUGUUGGAAGAUGGGGCACGAUCACCGAUCCUGCCCGAACCCACCAAAAGUUUUGAAGCCCCGAGAAGUUGCUGCCGUACAAGUGGAUACAGACCAUGACGUGGUUGGCGCAUUUAAUUAUUCCGACUAGCCUUAUCCAGGAGUCACUGGUUCCUAAAGGGGUCCAAAAGGAAUGUGUAAAGAGACCAGUUCAAAAAUACAAAGGCAUU